GGCAGGCACGGGCGCAAAGACGACUUGAUUGACUUGAAUGGUCAAAUGUUUUUCAACCGGCAUCCCCAGAUUCACAAUUCACUCGGGUCGUCAUUCAUGCGGGGGCAGCGAGGCCGCGACAUCAAUGAGUCCAACAAACGUGGCUCUUUCCUCCGACUCUUCAUUCUUUUAUUGUCAUAUCCUCAUCUAUUGAUACCUUCCGUUUUUCUUACUGCUGUCACUCACUCAUAAGCCUCUGCCCAACAUGGCAGCCAAAAAUACAACCAUCAAGCGCAUCCUCAAAGAAGCCGCCGAAAUCACAACAAAUCCUACUCCAGACUUCCAUGCCGCCCCUCUAGAAGAAAACCUGUUUGAAUGGCACUUUACAAUCCGCGGUCCACCCUCGCCUUCACCAUUCGCAAAUGGCAUCUACCACGGCCGCAUAAUUCUCCCACCAGCCUAUCCUCUCCGCCCUCCUUCCUUCCGCUUCCUCACUCCCUCAGGCCGCUUCGAACCAAAUCGCGAAAUCUGCCUUUCCAUCUCUGGACACCAUGAAGAGACUUGGCAGCCUGCUUGGGGUAUACGGACGGCACUUGUUGCGAUAAGAAGUUUUAUGGACACGGAUGCUGGAGGGCAGGUUGGCGGUAUGAGUGCGCCGGAUAAUGUGAGGAAGCAGUUGGCCGAGAAGAGUAGAGAGUACUCGUGUGCUGGCUGUGGAAGAAGUGGCGUUGCUAUCCUAGAAGAGCAGGAAGAAAGAUGUAAAGAGUUGGGUCAGCGGGAGACGAAAGAAGAUGAGAAUGCACUGGUGGGCAAAAUUGGAUUAAUCGAGCCCAAGAAAGAGGGUGCUUCUGCCGAAACCUCUGCUUCUGCGCCUGAAGCACCACAAACUGUAGACCCCGAACCUUCUGCACCAUCACCACCAGCCGUUGCCGCUGCUGAGGAUAUCCGACCUACGCCUACAACACAACAAGCACCGCCUCCUCAAACACAACCACAACCUCAGGUCCAAGCACAACCACCUCCCCAACUCCAACAACAACAACAACAACAACCGCCAGCAACCACCACAACAGACGCCUGGAUCGACAAAGCCAUCAUCGGCAUAGUCAUCGCUCUCGUCCUAAUGAUCUUACGUCGCGUCGCCUAGAUACCCUGUUUUUCUUUUCCUUUUCUCUAUCCUGCUUUUUCCCCUCUUCGUGGCUGGCAUUCUGCUUCUUUUCUGUACUUUGGCGUUUCUGUUCUGGCUUUUAUAGACUUUGCUUGGUUGGGGGUCGGUAUGCAUUUCAUUACAUUACGAUUGGAGGAAACUAGAUUGAGUUGCGCGGAAUAUUACUGUUUUCUUUGCUUGUUGUUGUUUGGUGUUUUGGACGUGCUUAUCCUAGACUUCUGUCAGAUGCUCGUGAG